CCUUUGACCAAGUAUAGCUUGACAGUAGUCAUGUCUACCUUGUUGCAACGGAUAAGAACUCGGUCAGCGAACCAUUCAGAAGCAGCCAAGCCUCCAUUCAAGAGUGAAGUUGGAAAGGAACAGGACCAGGCGCAGGUAGUGCAUGAUAUGCAAAUGGAAGCUACGCAGCAAGCAAAGUUGUUCGAUGCUCAGAUACACAAGCUAAAGAAGGAACGUCGGUUCUUCGCCAAAGCUCGUUUCCUGUUUCCUCUCGGAAUCCUACUUGGGAUACUAUUGGGCUUCAUCCUUAUCCAGCCUUCGGACUUGCAAGAUAUUCACAGCAACCUACUUCUCAUCAUGGAAGAGUACGACAUCUCGCUGAGAAUACCGGAUAUUGAUUUAUCGCGCGUCGAAUUAGAAUGGAGACGUUUUCGGAACAAUAUCCCAGAGGUUUGGAAGCUGAACAAUGAUGGACGCGAGUUUAAGGUUGGGGAGGCGAUGAAGGCGCGAGGCUUGACGGCGCACUAUCCUAUUGUGCUUGUUCCUGGUAUCGUAUCUACCGGUUUGGAAUCUUGGUCUACUUCGCCCGAGCAUCGACCUUUCUUCCGCGAAAAACUCUGGGGAGGCUUCAAUAUGGUUUCACAAGUGAUUUUCAAUCGUGAAAAGUGGAUUUCAGCGAUGAUGCUUGAUCCUGUCACUGGUCUCGAUCCUCCAGGUGUCAAAAUUCGAGCUGUAGAAGGAGUAGGUGCCGCAAGUAGCUUCAUGACCGGUUAUUGGCUUUGGUCCAAGAUCGUGGAGAAUCUUGCUGUAGUAAACUAUGACACGAACAAUCUUCACUUAGCUCCAUAUGACUGGAGACUCUCCAUGUGGAAUCUCGAAGAACGAGACGGGUACUUCUCGAAGUUGAAAGCUACAAUAGAAGGAUUCAAGAAACGACAAGGCAAGAAGACCAUCAUUGCUGCGCAUUCAAUGGGUAGCACAUCUCCCGAACACGGGGGAGGUGGAUCACAUUGGGUAGAGAAUCACAUUGAGUCCUAUAUUUCCAUCGCAGGGACGCAUCUCGCAAAAGCUAUGGCUGCUUUCUUGUCUGGUGAGAUGAAGGACACGGUGCAGAUGAAUCCUGCUGGCGCAUAUGUGCUCGAGCGCUUUUUCUCGCGAAAAGAACGACAGAAGCUAUUCUGUAGUUGGGCCGGUAGCGCCAGCAUGUGGAUUAAGGGAGGAGCGAGUGUUUGGGGCGAUGCCGACUGGGCACCUGAUGACGAGCCCGAAUCAUCACAUACACAUGGUGAACUAAUUGCGUUCAGACAAGCAGCUGUGCCACUUUCUGCGCAUGACAUCACCCAGCCAACAAGAAAUAUGACGGCUGAUGACGCAAGCACAUGGAUUUUGGAGCGUACUCCGUCAACAUUCCAGCGGAAUGAACAGGUGCUCAGGAAGAAUGCUCUAGAUCCAAGGAAAUGGUCAAAUCCCUUGGAAGUGCAGCUGCCAAAUGCGCCUUCUAUGAAGAUGAUCUGUGUUUACGGACAUGGAAAAGAGACUGAAAGAUCAUACUGGUAUGCUCACGGACCACAUGAUCACGAGGAAUCGUUUGUAGAGCCUACCGACAAAUGCAAACAUACACCACGCCCACCACUGGAUUCGUCAUUUUCGAGGGCGAACUGGAUAGAUGCUGAUUACACGCAAGAGACCACGACGCCCAAGAUGGGUGAAGGGGAUGGUACCGUCAGCCUAUUGAGCCUAGGAGCAAUGUGCGUAGAAGGCUGGCAGAGACCAAGAUGGAAUCCAGGAGGAAUCAAAGUUACUACUGUUGAACUUCCUCAUCAACCCGCGCCUAACAUCCCUCGGGGUGGAGCGAAUACGUCAGAUCAUGUUGACAUCCUUGGGUCGACAGGUCUGAAUGAACUCAUCCUGAAAGUUGCCACUGGUGUUGGUCAUGAGGUUGAGGAUCGCUUUGUCUCUCGUAUUAGGGAGUUUGCUCAGCGAGUGCGGUGGGAUUGAACACCGAGUGUUUUGUACCUUACUAUUUUUGUACAUAAUUUCACGUCGUCUAUUUCGACGAUAGGAAACGUCCGAAGGUAAUCGGAGCGCUUGUAUGAUAUAUGAGGCUAUGAUA